AUGGUUACGAAACUUGAAGAACUGAUCAGACUACAUACAAAUAUGGGUCGUUGCGUAAGAGAACUGGCAAAAAUCUUUAAAGUGUAUGCCUUUUUGAUGGUUUGUACCGUAAUCCCAGCAACAAUCUUUUCUAUGAUGCUGGUUCUUAGCAGGACAAGUUUGGCUGGAUGGCUUUUAGCCACACCGGCAGUGAUUUUCUGCAUUUAUGGAUAUUAUGGGGUGACGUUGAUGCCGGCAAAUUUGCAUGAAGAGAUACAAAAAUUAAAGUCGACUUUGUUCAUGAACCGAAGCAUUUGGGUGCCGUUUGACGAACGUCAAUAUAAGGCUUGU